AUGUCGUCGUCUUCACCUAUUGCCUCCCACCCCCCAUCCUCCUCCCCCCCUCCACCCUCCCAUACAGUGACCUCUGACUCCCGCCAUGUUGCCAUGGAAACUUACUGGAGGGAGGUGCAGAGCAUCAAGGAAGAGAAGGAGGGAGAAGAUGAAGAUGAAGAAGAGGAGGAGAGAAAGAGUAUCGAUGAGGUAGAGCUGGAGGAGGCGUGGCUGAUGGAAGCGGGGUUAUCUUCUCUGGUGACGGGCUCAUCUGAGGAGGAGACGCCGCCACCGGCCGAGGCACUGCUGUCCACGUUGACGCGGCAACAAGCCGCCACGGUGAGGAGAAGGCUGGACAACUACAACGAGACGCUGAAGAAGAGAAACAGGCAGCCAAUCAGAGACGUCCGGGACGUCUUCACCCAGCCUGAUGAUGACUCAGCAGACAGAUGCCCCUCCCCUCCCUCUCGCCGCGCCAAGUCACCACCAAGUCGAUACCACACCUCCACCAAAACCAUCCGCCGAAACACUCACAGAGGUCGAACAACUCUUCCCACGUUUCUUUUCGAGGACCAGCUACCUGAACAUCCAUCAUCCCCCACAAACACGCACUCUCCGACACACAUUGAUUCUCCGACACUCCCCCCCUCCCCUCCUCACACUCACUCGCCACCCGUCAGUCGGUCGAGACGAGCUGAUUGGCUGCUGCGGGACUCUCCAUAUUCAGAGGGUGUAGCUGAGCACAAACAGGGUGGGACUUGUUGGGACUGCGUGCACCUCCAUGGAGAUGAUGACAGUGAUUUGCCGUUCGCACCUGUCUCUCCCUCUCAGGGUCUCACCGGGGCAGACGACCUGUCAUCACGUGACCUCACCCGGCUUGGAUACAUCUCUCACAUUGAGCUCUCCACCUUCCUGCUCGCGCUGGGUGUCCAAACCAAACGCACCCGCCCACCACGCUGCAGGAUUCAGGACAGCGGUGUGUUCGGUGUUCCUCUGAAUUCCCUGUUGGAGAACGACAGGAAGAAGUUUCCUGGAGUCAAAGUUCCCGUCGUCUUCCAGAAGUUGUUGUGUAUCUUAGAGCAGACCGGCCUGCAGACUGAAGGGAUUCUCAGAGUACCAGGAUCAGCUGCUAGACUGAAGUACCUGCGUAAAGAGUUAGACAGGUGUGGUGGAGGCUUCGAGUGGUCUGCAGUCAGACAGGUGGAUGCUGCAGGUCUGCUGAAGCUUUUCAUUAGAGAGCUGCCAACACCUCUGCUGACACACACACACCUGUCCACCUACCGCUCUGUGCUGGGUCUCUCGUCUGUGGUCCAUCGGGUUCAGGCUCUGCAGCUGCUGUCGUUGUUGCUUCCUGAAGCCAACAGAGACACACUCAGAGCCCUGCUAGUCUUCCUGCGAAAGGUGGUCUCUCAUCAAGACCAGAACCGGAUGUCUCUGUGGAACGUCUCAAUGGUAAUGGCACCCAACCUGUUCUCAUGCCGUCCCCGUGACAACAGGCGGUCCAUCGCUAAGCAACGGGAGGAGAUGGAGGAGGCGGUGGGCGGGGCUCAAGUGGUCCAGUUGAUGAUCACACACCAGGACCUGCUUUGGACCGUCCCAAGCUUCCUGUUGUCUCAGGUGAGACAGAUAAACCAGGCAUCCGAUCAGAAACAGUUCUGCCUGACCAGGACAACGAAGCGAUUCCUGAGGAGGAGGAGGAACGACAAGAAUGACAGAAACCAGAUCACGGAGCUGUGUGAAGGUGUGAUCAGGGUCCACGCCCCACUACACACCAAGGUUUCCAUGGCGAUACAACUUGACGGUCAAAUGAGAGCAAAAGAUAUCACCGCCCGCUUCGAGAGUGAGAACAGUCCUGUUCAGUGUCUGUAUGAAGUCGGAGGAAACAUCUGUGAGCGUCGUCUCCAUCCUGACUGCGUUCUGUUGGAUGUUUACAGAGUGAAUCCUCACUGUGAUUGGCUGAUCAAACCCUGACAGACGAAUACCUGUCUGACCACUUAGGACCUGUCUCACUUCCUGUCCCAACUGUCGCAAAACCUGUUCUACUUGUGUCAUUACCGAUCUGACGACCUGGCUCAACACUCAACCUUUCCGACGUACCACCCCGUCUCAACACCUGACUUCUCACCUCCUCUCCCACAAGUCUCCAGCUGUCUCACUACCAGCCUGACAUGCAAUCUCACCUCACGACCUGUCUCACAACUCUCUCGACAACCUACCACACCAACUGUCCCUCAGCGACUUCCUCCCGUCUCACCACCGGUUUAAAAACAACCUGCCUUACCGUCACCUCCUGUGACGUGGUAACUGUCCCACACCUGUAAAAAUCAAACAGCGGCCGACACGACAUCACAUCAGUGAAAUCACAUCCUCUCAUUCAUCA